AUGGCGCCUCCCGAGUCGCUGAUCUCCGCGGAAGCCCCCGCCAUCGGCGGAGACGGCGGAGAUUCCGAGUCGCGCGCGAUUCCAUGGGGUCACCCGGAGCGGCUCGACCUGGCGAUGGGCUCGCUGGUGGACGACAAGACGCGGUUCCGCAAGGAUGUGAAGAAGGCGCUUCGAGGAUUGACGGAGGAGCAACGCACGGCUGAAGACGUGGCAGUGCAGCGCCACGUGGUGCAGGCUGAUUGGUUCAGGUCCGCGCAGCGCGUGGCUGCUUACAUCAGCUGCCGGAAAUUGAGGGAGGUGGAGACUGCUGACGUCAUCAGCGACCUGCUCGGGAGAGGAGCCAGUGUGUUUGUGCCACGUGUCAUGGACAGCGAGAGCCACAUGGUGAUGCUGAAAAUCAACUCCGUGAAUGUAGUGGGGGAGGGCGGAGGGCAGAGGGGAGGGGGGGGGGGCGGAGGGAAGGGGGGAGCGAAGGGGGACAGGGAGGGGGUGAAAGCGCAAGAGCAAGGAGCAGGAGCAGAAGCAGGGGCAAGAGCAGCAGAAGGGGACUUGGCGCGCAAUGGGAUGGGGCUACUGGAGCCCACCCUGACCCUCACAGAUGGACGGCCACGAUCCAACGUGUACGGUGAACAGGAGCCGUUGGAUCUGAUUCUCGUGCCGGGGUUGGCGUUUGAUCGCAGCGGUGGGAGACUGGGCCGAGGAGGAGGGUACUACGACGUGUUUCUCUCGCAGUACUUGGCGCAUGCCCAAACAAAGCAGUGGAAGCAACCGCUCAUAGUCGCUCUGGCCUACAAGGCACAGAUCCUCUCCUCGCCCCUCCCCAUGGAAACAUCUGACGUCCCCGUUAGUGGCAUCGUGUGUGCUGACGGCUUCCUUGCACCGCAUUGA